AUGGCCGCGCCGGGCGUCGCGGCGUGCCGUAGCCAGUUAAAGCCCCUGGCUCCGGGGGCACAGGCCCUGCGGGGCGCGCUGGUGCUGCUGGGCCGCCGCGGGCUGCGCCAGCCCGUGCUGCGGGUGGUCGGCGGCGAGGCGCGGGGGGAGCGCCCGGCGGAGGUGCCCCGCGCGGAGAGGCGGCCGUCGGCGAGGCUGUCUGCGGAGCAGGAGGCGGUGCUGGGCGCCGUGCGGAGCGGGAAGAGUGUCUUCUUCACUGGCUGUGCGGGGACUGGGAAGUCGUUCCUGCUGAAGAAGAUUGUGGGCUCGCUCCCUCCCAAGAGCACCUAUGCAACAGCCAGCACUGGAGUGGCUGCUUGCCACAUUGGUGGCACCACUCUUCAUGCCUUUGCAGGGAUCGGCUCUGGGAAGGCACCGCUGGAACAGUGUAUUCAGCUGGCAGAGAGGCCUGGCGUGCGGCAGCAUUGGCUGGCCUGCCAGCACUUGAUUAUUGAUGAGAUCUCCAUGGUGGAUGGCAAAUUCUUUGACAAGCUGGAGGCAGUGUCAAGGCAGCUGCAGUAACCCACCUCCCUGCGAGACAGCAGAAUCAGCAGAGACUACCA